GGACUGUCGUCACCGGAGACACGUUUUAUUACGUUGUUGCUUACGCACGGUGCUUUUGACGGUAUGUGGAAAGCAGUAGUAAUGUCGGAGGAGGUUGGAAAAGCUUUGCAGUCGGUGGUGGAGCGGGUGAACCAGGCGGCAGCGCGGCGGCCCAAGACGUUGCCAGCCCUGCCACCGCGCCUGGUAGCUGUCAGCAAGACAAAGCCCACAGAGCUGGUUAUAGAGGCCUACAGGCAAGGACAGCGCGACUUUGGAGAAAACUAUGUUAAUGAGCUCGUGGAGAAAGCUUCAGAUCCGCAGAUUUUAGAAUCAUGUCCAGAAAUCCAGUGGCAUUUUAUCGGGCAUUUACAGAAGAAUAAUGUCAACAAACUUUUGGGCGUGCCAAACCUGUUCAUGGUGGAGACGGUGGACUCGGUGAAGCUGGCCGACAAGGUCAACAGCUCGUGGCAGCGCGUCAGAGCAGCCAGCACACAGAGGUUAAAGAUCAUGGUGCAGAUUAACACCAGUGGAGAACAGAGUAAACAUGGCUUGCCGCCGGAGGAAACGGUGACCACAGUGAAACACAUCCUGUCCCAGUGUAACGCCCUGCACUUCACUGGACUCAUGACCAUCGGGCGCUAUGGUUACGACCUCAGCAAGGGUCCCAAUCCAGACUUUCAGAUGCUUCUGAGUCGGAGACAGGAGGUGUGUGACGGUCUGAAGCUGCCUCUGGAGGAGGUCGAGCUCAGCAUGGGCAUGUCCUCAGAUUUUGAACAUGCGAUCGAAGUGGGCGCCACCAACGUGCGAGUGGGCAGUAUUAUAUUUGGCAACAGAGAAUAUCCCAACAGCGCACCGAACACGCCGAUCCCCAGCCCAGAGAAAAGGUCAAAGGUCGUGUCGGAGGAAGCCGCCAAGAAGAUGGCCCACCUCACCGUGUCUGAACACUGAAACCAGAUCCUCCACCUGAACACCUUUUAAGAAAAAAUCGGAAACACUCUUCACAUGCACUCAAACUGAAACACAGCAGGAGAUUUUUUUCUGGAAAGCCACAUGGAGUUAGGCUUGCAAAAUUCCGCGUUAAGUCUUAAAACAAUUUUAAAAAAGUGUACUUGCAAAUUUCCGUUCACUCCUCCGUGCGCCCUUGUUGCUCUGUUGGGCAUCGAGGGCGGCACUUGCUCCAGAGAUGUUUUUAUCUUUUGUAAAAGUAGUAUCUCUGGUAGGUAUUAGUGACCUGUAGUGCUCCAACUUCAUCAUGCAGAUCUCAGCAACAGUAACAUUGGAUACAAAUAACAAGAUUUACUGACUUUGUGCAACUAACACAACUACUGAAACACGGUGACUUGAACUAAUAAGAGUUUAUCCUACUGAAAAGACCUGGGCUAGUUAAGAUGUGUUUGGAUUUUAUUGUUGCGGAGAUAUGAGCUUUUCUACCUAACUCCCUAUGUGACAGUGCUGAAAUUUGCUUAACUGUGUAAAGUGUCCCAGAUUUCAGCAAUUCCACAGUGAAAUGGGCUAUUUUUGCUCUACAGACAAAAAAAAAAAAAAAAAAAGAACAGCCUUGAUUUAAUAAAACAUUUCUCCCUUUAUAAUGACACAUAGUAUUGUGAGUCAAUGAUAUUGUUUUGUAUGGCGUGUGGUCAAAUUUCUAUUCUUGAUAUUAACAAUUACAGUAGUAAAUCUGAAACAAGUAAUGUGUAAUGGUUCUGUGUAACAUUCAUGUGUAAUUGCUAUGGAGGUGGAGAAUUAACCUAUGCAAAGUGGCAAUUUCGUUUCGUCCUAUGCUUUCGAGUCAACUCUCACACUGCAGCUAUGAUAGUGUCGCUGUGGUUUCCAUUAAGAAAAAAAAAAAACUUUUAAAAUCAACGAUGUCAUGAAUUAGUGUUUUUCUGUCACGAUGAGAAGUGCAUUCAGUGUCCGUGAUAA